UGUUUGAGUUUCUGAUCCAACAUUCUUUCCCUUUGUCAUCCCUUCCUAGUUUAAUGGAUCGGGAAGUGGCGUUGCUUGCCGAAAUGGACAAAGUGAAAGCUGAAGCAAUGGAAAUUUUGCUUAGCCGUCAAAAGAAAGCCGAACUUCUAAAGAAAAUGACUGAUGUGGCUGUUCGGAUGUCAGAAGAGCAGUUGGUCGAGCUUAGAGCUGAUAUCAAGCACUUUGUUAGUGAACGUAAAUAUGAUGAGGAUCUGGGACGAGUGGCCCGAUUCACCUGUGAUGUAGAGACCCUGAAGAAGAACAUUGAUUCAUUUGGACAAGUAUCCCAUCCAAAGAACAGCUAUUCCACCCGAUCUCGAUGUAGCUCGGUUACAUCUAUGUCUUUGAGUAACCCGUGUGAUACGUCUGCUGCUGCUGCUUCCACCUGUGCCUCUGCUCCCAGCCUUACAAGUGCUAACAAGAAAAAUUCAGCACCAGGGGAGACUCCUACAACCACAGCAAACUCCGGUGGCCGAUCCUACCAGCCUCAUCGAGAGGUAUUGCCAGGAAACAGACGAGGAGGACAAGGCUACAGGCCACAAGGCCCGAAGUCCAGUGACCCCACGAACCAAGGGCGACAUGAUAGCAUGGGUCGUUACAGAAAUAGCUCAUGGUAUUCAUCUGGUUCCAGGUACCAGAGUGCUCCAUCCCAUGCACCAGGAAACACUAGUGAACGGGGCCAGGCUCACUCUGCAGGGACCAAUGGGACUGGAGCCAGCAUGGAGCCUGGCCCACCCAAGCCCUCAUUCAGGAAGGGGCUCCCCCAGCGCAAACCUAGGACCUCUCAGCCUGAAGUUGUGAACUCUUGAAAAUGCCAGCCAAUCUCUCUCUUCUUUCCCACACAAUUCAACUUGGUAACUGGACUUUAGGAAACUUAUAGUUAGAUUUAAUAACAAAAAAGUUUAUGCAUAUUACUUUUUAUGCCAUUCUAAAUAUUUUGCCAUUCUGAGUAUUUUGGUUUCUUCUCUCCUCGUUUCCUCUUUACCAUUUUUGGAAGGGAAGCUGUUUGUUUUUUUUUUUCUCUUGACCUUUCCCAGUGAGAUGGAUUGAUUCUGACUGGUCAUUUCCACCAGAAAUCACAGGCAACUGUUGCCAGGUUUCCCAAGGGUAAGCAGUGUUCUUCCUGGUGCUCCAGGCCUUCCGGAGGCCUGAAGAAGCCUUCCUCAGCCAACCCGACUGUCCAGGCGUUCAGGAGGAAAUGGAUCACAGCUGGUCUUGCUGCCUUUCCAUCUAAGCAGAAGCCGCAUGUGCCUGUCAAUUUCCCUAUAAACAACAGCGUGACCAGAAGAGGCAGCGAGGGGGUUGUGUACAGCCCUGAAUUAGCCAGAAAAGGGGAAAUUGAAUAGGUGAAGAUGGAAGAACUCUGGGACACAUUUGAGAAUCUGCUUGUGCUCCUAGACUGUGCCUGAGACUGACACUCAGAUUGCGGUUUUAGCCUCUUGCUUGGCAGCAUAGCUUAACCUGCGGUUUCUUCCAUAUGCCCAAGCCUUGUUUUCUUUACUUUAGGCUGCAAACCAGUCUAGGGAAGUCUAUGGGAAAGUAGCAUUAAUUCAAGGGAAAAAAGUAUUUCUUCAUUUCAGUGUUUGAAGAUUUUUGUUGCUAUUGUUCUCCCUCUUUCCUGAUUCUUAUUCUGACCCUGAACCAAAUUUAUAGCAGUAUAAUUAGUGUUAAUCUAAGGUGUCAACCAUCCAACAAUUGCUGCAGUCAAUCUUUAGACUCGAAUAAAUAAAAACAAUUGCAUAAACAUU